CGCUCCGCCCCACAGCGCGCCCGCGCUGAGCCCCGCUCCGCCUCAGUGCUCCGCAGCCGGAUUUUGGUUGGGUUUUUUUGUUUGACCUGAGGAGAUCCAGCCCAAGUUCGCCGCGAUGACUGUGAUGCUGGCAUCGGGGUUCCUCCGCGGCAUCCCUGCCUCUGGAUCGCCUCGCCGCUGCUGGUUUUGAAUCCUCGACGCUGGGUUAAAGCUCAGCUCUCAUGCUGGGCUCGCUGGGCUGCCGCUUUCCCGUGUUUAGCGAUGGGAGGUGGAGGAAAAGGGAUUGUUUUUGAGUCAACACUGAAAAUGUGAUUAGGGGAAAACUGCUUUCACUGAUCUGUUUCUAACCUUUUAGUCCAUGUUGGCCUGUGACCCCUUUCAGCUUUCAGAUCGAGCCUGAUUAGUGUUGCAACCUACCUGUAGCAUUUAAGUGGGCAAGAUUCUCUUCCCUGUGGAUCCAUCUUCAAAGCAGCCCUAUCUUCAUGAAUCAACAGAUUCUCAAACAACCUCAACACUGGUCUCCCUAUGGAAGCAGCUGUUUGUAUUUGGAAUUGAGAGCCCAUGGAGAAGCUGAGGAGGGGGAUGGCUCUUCAUAUCCAUGAAGCCUGGAUACUUCUGUUUGUAAUCCCUGCUUUGGUCACUCCAGCUGCCAUCAAUCAUGAAGACUACCCUGCCGAUGAAGGGGACCAGACCUCCAGUAAUGACAACCUGAUCUUUGAUGACUACCGAGGGAAGGGCUGUGUGGAUGACAGUGGCUUUGUGUACAAACUGGGAGAACGUUUUUUUCCGGGACAUUCCAACUGCCCCUGUGUCUGUACUGAGGAUGGGCCUGUUUGUGAUCAACCAGAAUGCCCUAAAAUCCACCCAAAGUGUACAAAAGUGGAACACAAUGGAUGCUGUCCAGAAUGCAAAGAAGUGAGAAACUUUUGUGAAUAUCAUGGGAAAAAUUACAAAAUCUUGGAGGAAUUUAAGCCCUCGCCAUGCGAAUGGUGUCGCUGCGAGCCCAGCAAUGAAGUUCACUGUGUUGUAGCAGACUGCGCAGUUCCCGAGUGUGUCAACCCAGUCUAUGAACCAGAACAGUGUUGUCCUGUCUGCAAAAAUGGUCCCAACUGCUUUGCAGGAACCACGAUAAUUCCCGCUGGCAUCGAAGUGAAGGUGGAUGACUGCAACAUCUGCCACUGCCACAACGGGGACUGGUGGAAGCCAGCACAGUGCUCCAAGCGUGAGUGCCAGGGCAAGCAGGCUCUGUAG